ACCACCUCCCCAAGCAAGGAGCCAUUCGGGCGCUUACGGCCGCGCCGGCUUCCACGCCCCGGGCCAGCGCGGGCGCUCAGGCCUCGGUGGCGUGGUGAUGGCCGCCUCGCACCGAGCAGCGAAGCUGGCGGCCAACAGUCUCCAAACCCCGGUCAAUCCCAGCACCGGAGCGCGGGUCACCCAUUACGAACGCAAAGACCCCAUACAGUCCCUGUCAGCGGCGGCGGCGGCCUUGGAGGAGGAGGAAGAGGAGCAGGAGGAGAAGGAGGAGGAGGAGGAGGAGGAAGAGGCAGCGGGGCCGGCGCGGGCGCCGGCUGAUUUUAACACGAACAUUUCUGGGGUAAAUGAACAAAAACGUAUAAGCUGUGAGGAUUUUGUGGACUUUUCUGAUAUUUACCACUCUAAUGAAGAGUACUUCAGGAAACUAGAAGAGCUGAAGGCAGCCCACAUGGAAACUAUGGCAAAGUUAGAGAAAAUGUACCAGAAUAAGUUAAAUUUAAAGGAAGUUCAGCCAGCGAUCACCAUGGAAGAAGCUGCUAGUGUCUCUUCCAGGUCUGUAUCAGAAAAGAGCUCUCAUCAUCCUGUUUCAUUAAUGACAUCAAUUUCAGAACCUGAUUUAGGUCAGUCUUCCUCCUUGAUUGUGUCUUUCUCUGAAGAUGAGUUGCCCAACGUAGAAAAAGAGUAUUCUGAGAAAAGCAGAAUGAUGACCUAUGCUAAGGAGCUCAUCAGCAACAUGUGGACAAACUUCUCUGUUGAAGAUUAUAUUCAGGUUGAAGAUGCUGACUUGCCAGCACUCAAAAAAAAAAAAAAGAAGCCAAAAGAAUGGGUGCCAAAGAUUACAGUACCUGAGCCUUUUCAAAUGAUGAUUAGAGAGCAGAAGAAAAAAGAAGAGAACAUGAAAUCUAAAUCAGAUAUUGAAAUGGCACGCAAACUGCUCAAGAAACAAGAAGAAGAAUCAGAGUGUAAGAAAAAAUUCCGAGCCAACCCAGUUCCUGCAUUCGUCUUUCUCCCCCUUUAUCAUGAUAUAGUCAAGCAAAAUGAAGAACGGAGGAGGUCUAUGAAGGAGAAAAACAAAGAAGCCCUUUUGGCCUCGCAAAAGCCGUUUCAGUUUAUUGCAAGGGAGGAACAGAAGCAAAUUCGGGAAAAGCAGCUGAAAGACUUUUUUAAGUCUAAAAAGAAAACAAACCAAUUUAAAGCCAGACCGAUACCUCGAUCUACUUAUGGUACAACUAUCAAUGACAAGUUAACAGAAGAGCUCUAUAGAAACAUUAGGACGCAGCAGAGAACCCAAGACUUUUUACAGAAUUCAUCCCCUCUGCCUUGUAGUCCAGCUCACAGAAGUUAUGCUACAAGGAAGCCCAAGUGUCCUGAACAGGCUGAAAAGUCCAAGUGUAAACACAAGGUUAGGUGCCAGACUGCUGAUUCUGAAGACCUUCCUGAGAGAUAUCAGAAACAUCACUCAGAACAGAAGUGUCCAAAAUCCCUGACAGUCUGUGAACCAUCUGACCUUCAUGCAGCCUCACAUGCAUCCACUAAAAGAGAGAAAAUCUUGGCAGAUAUUGAAGCAGAUGAAGAGAAUUUAAAAGAAACACGUUGGCCUUAUCUGUCUCCAAGGCGCAGGUCACCAGUAAGAAGUACAAAUGGAAAACCUGUGCCUUGUAGCUGCAACCCUCCCAUGCCCACGGUGUCCUCCAGGGGAAGAGAACAAGCCACAAGGAGAUCACUUGAGGAAAAGAAAAUGUUGGAAGAAGAGAGAAAUCGGAUCCUAACUAAGCAGAAGCAAAGAAUGAAAGAAUUGCAGAAACUCUUGACAACCCGGGCUAAGGCUUAUGACUCACAUCAGAGUUUAGCUCAAAUGUCUAAAUCCAGAAUAAAAUCUCUCAGAAAGAGUGAAAAAGAAAGGAUGAGAGAAUACCGACAAGAACUAGAAGAAAGAGAAGAAAAAUUAAAAAACAGGCCACUGCUAUUUGAAAGAGUUGCUCAGAAAAAUGCAAGAAUGGCAGCAGAAAAGCAUUAUUCUAACACCUUAAAAGCACUAGGAAUAUCUGAUGAGUUUGUUUCAAAAAAAGGCCAAAGUGGAAAAAUAUUUGAGUACUUCAGCAAUCAAGAGAUGAAAAGUUUCACUGAAGAUAAAGAAAGCUUUAAUGAAGAAGAAAAAAUAGAAGAAAGAGAGAAUGGGGAAGAAAAUUAUCUUACUGAUACCAACAGCCAAGAUUCUUGCAAGGAAACUGGUAAAGCUGAAGAGAGUGGAGAAGAGAAUUGUGUUGAAGAAUAAAACUGAAUCAGUCGGCAGGGUCUCCUCUCUGUUCCCCUGCUGUUGUUGGCAGCAUUGGGUGUCAGAAGCCGCACUUGUGGUGUUAAGGACCUCCAUGGGAACCCGUCUGAUACGUGCAGGUCUCUUGAGCAAAGUCCUCGUGUAGCCUGAAAAGGCCAAAUCCAGCUGAUGGGUCAUUUGGUCAGUGAGAGUCAGGCUUUGCCUAUUCAGUUUUUAAAAUCACUGCAUAUGGUCUGUUUGCAACUUUGAUCUUACUUCUAUUUUUAAAAAGUGUUUGAGAAUCACAGCUGUCAAACUGAUUAGGUAUAAAAAUAUACAUAAUUUUAUCAUUUUGGGUGGAAAAAAUUGCUUAGCAUUGAGAGCAGAGGGGAGUAUCGGCCUUUGGUUUGAAAAAAAGUUCUGGAAAGCAUGAAUCAAUAAAUAUUUUUAAAUUAUA